CUCGGACAGGGGUCAGCCGCCCUUCACGCGCCCGCCUUGUCAGCCCGGCGCGUCCUCUUGUCCUUGCUCCGAUUCAAGUACCCAGGUCGCCCGCUCUCUUCGCCCUGUUCUCUUCUCCUCUUCCUCUUUCCCCCAUCGGCCCUGGCUCAGGAUGAAACGGCGUCGGCGCCUCGAGCAGGUGGAACAGGCCCUCCAGGCGGCCAACCGCAAGACGGACCAUCGCUUCGUCCAGGACUAUCUCCAAAUCCCCCAUGCGCCUCACGCGCCAUGGAGCCCGACCUGGGACGACCCAAGCACAGGAAGCACCUAUAGCCUCCGCCUCUGCCAGCCCCGCAAGACAAUGGCCAGCCCUGACCUCGAUGCUUGCUUCGCCCUUGUCCGAGCCACAAGCCAGGCAGACUACGAGGCCUCUUCGAGCGGGUGGGACCCCUCGGCCAAGAGGGACGAGAUGUCGCAUCCGGACCUACGCUAUAUUCUGGUCAAGGACCCCGACUCGGUCGUCCACGCUUUCACCAGCCUCAUGCCCACCAUCGAGGAGGGCCAACCCGUAAUCUACUGCUACGAGAUCCACCUCGAGCCCGCGCUCCGCGGCACCGGCUUGGCGAGGCUGUUGAUGGGCUUGCUCGAGACGGUGGCGCACAACAUGGAAGUGGUCCACAAGGUCAUGUUGACCGUCUUCACCUGCAACAAGAGGGCUGUCGGGUUCUACCAGCGGUGCGGUUUCGUGAGGGAUGGCAUCAGCCCCCAGCCCAGGACCCUCAGGGGCGGCAAGGUCAAGAUGCCCGAGUACGAGAUCCUGAGCAAGCGUGUUGAGAACCGGCCGGCCACGACCACAGGCGGGGCCCCACCGGACGGCGUGCCGGACGAAGCUGCCUCUCGCAGCGGGGGCAAGCGAAAGGAAAGGGCCGGGGAGUCGGCAUUGGGGCCUCGCAAGCAGGCCAAGAUCGCGAGGCUGGAUUGUGCCACCACAGGCCUGUGACCUGUGAACUGGUGGUCGGAGGCUGACCGCGGCGGGCUGUCUGCCCAAGUCCUGGCCUUUCUGCCUCAGCAUCGAGGGCUCCGGUCGGUGACACAAGCACUAUUGCCGUCCCACCGCCACACCUCUUAAAAGAGAGCAACAUGUUGUAGCAGAGUCCCUUACGAACCAUCGGUGCUAUCCGUGUCCCGACCUCCGGUAAGAGGUUCCCUAGUAGAUCGUUGUAUUUUGUU